UAACGAAACCACGAGAUGACACUGGAAACGGUGCAACAGGCAGCUACUGCAGCUGGUGCUGCUAGCAGUGGAGUCCUUGGAUUGGGACCAAUACUAACCACACUGGUGGGCGUGGUUGUGGCCGCAACCUUAUACGAAUAUUGGCAUAGAAAUAGUCGGGAAUAUCGCAUGGUUAGCAAUAUACCAAGUCCGCCGGGAUUACCGCUGUUGGGUCAGGCCCAUUUGGCUGCUGGUCUCAGUAAUGCCGAGAUCAUGUCCGUUGGCAUGGGCUAUCUCAAUAAAUAUGGUGAGACAGUCAAGGCAUGGCUGGGACAUGUGCUGCUCGUCUUUCUGACCAAUCCCAAUGACAUUGAGCUCAUACUGAGCGGACAUCAGCACUUGACUAAGGCCGAGGAAUAUCGUUACUUUAAACCCUGGUUCGGUGACGGUCUGCUUAUCAGUAAUGGCCAUCAUUGGCGUCAUCAUCGCAAGAUGAUUGCCCCGACUUUCCAUCAGAGCAUUUUGAAGAGUUUUGUGCCCACAUUUGUCGAUCACUCAAAGAAUGUGGUCGCUCGCAUGGAUACGGAGGCGGGCAAAUCGUUCGAUGUCCAUGAUUAUAUGUCACAGACCACUGUCGAUAUUUUGCUAUCAACGGCCAUGGGUGUUAAGAAGCUGCCCGAGGGCAAUAAGAGCUUUGAGUAUGCCCAGGCUGUGGUCGAUAUGUGCGAUAUCAUACAUAAGCGUCAGAUUAAGUUGCUCUAUCGGUUGGAUUCCAUUUACAAGUUCACCAAAUUGCGCGAGAAGGGUGACAAGAUGAUGAACAUCAUUCUGGGCAUGACCAGCAAGGUGGUUAAGGAUCGUAAAGAGAAUUUCCAGGCCGAUACACGUGCCAUCAUUGAGGAGGAGCUAACCAAACCGGCGGCAACCAGUCCCUCAGCCAAGAAGGAGGGUUUGCGCGAUGAUUUGGAUGACAUCGAUGAGAACGAUGUGGGUGCCAAGCGUCGUUUGGCUCUGCUCGAUGCCAUGGUGGAAAUGGCCAAGAAUCCCGAUAUCGAAUGGAACGAAAAGGAUAUCAUCGAUGAGGUGAACACAAUUAUGUUCGAGGGACAUGAUACCACAUCGGCUGGUUCCAGUUUUGCCCUCUGCAUGAUGGGCAUCCAUAAGCACAUCCAGGAGCGUGUCUUUGCCGAACAGAAGGCCAUCUUUGGUGAUAAUAUGCAACGUGAUUGCACAUUUGCCGAUGCCAUGGAAAUGAAAUAUCUGGAGCGUGUGAUUCUCGAGACAUUGCGUUUGUAUCCACCAGUACCGUUGAUUGCUCGUCGUCUGGAUCAUGAUCUGAAAUUGGCCAGCGGCCCGUACACUGUACCCAAGGGCACCACCGUCAUCGUUCUGCAAUAUUGUGUGCAUCGUCGUCCUGAUAUCUACCCGAAUCCCACUACCUUCGAUCCUGAUAACUUCCUGCCCGAACGCAUGGCCAAUAGGCAUUAUUAUGCCUUCAUUCCGUUCAGUGCCGGGCCACGUAGUUGUGUGGGUCGUAAAUACGCCAUGCUCAAGCUGAAGGUUCUCCUCUCAACGAUUGUGCGUAAUUAUAUUAUCCAUUCCACCGAUACGGAGGCGGACUUUAAGCUGCAAGCCGAUAUUAUAUUGAAAUUGGAGAACGGUUUCAAUAUUUCGCUAGAGAAACGCAAAUAUCCCACUGUUGCCUAAUCUGCUUUGUAUUCAGAAAUCGACAUAAAUUCCGAUUUAUUUCCACCCUCCUCUCCCCCACCAUGACCCCCAUAUCUCUACCACUCCUCCCCCAUCCCUAACCGAAUAUCCUUUCCUAUAUUUCCUAUAUAGAUACAGAUUCCGAUACCGACAAAAACCCCUUCCAAAAACAAAACAAAAAAAAAGUCAGCCAGAGAGUCAAACAAUUUAAUUAUUUCUUUUCUGCUUAUCUUCAUUCUAUUUGUUUCCUAUAUUAAUUAUUAUGAUUAAUUUUUAUUUUAUUAUUUUAUUUUUUUUUUUCUAUUCUUCUUCUUUGUUUGUGGUAUAAGCGCGGGUGGUGUCCUUAUAUCUCUAUGAUUUAUAUUGUUUUCAUAUCUUUUGUUUAUUUGCUUUCUUUUUUUUUUUUCCUUAUUGUGUCUAAUUGUUUAGCAAGUAGUGUAACCCUUUUUUUUUUUCUUCGUCUAUUGUAAUAUUUAUUAAGUCACAUGGUUUAAUAUGAAACCCAAAAACUAUGAAAAAUAUAUGACAAACGCAAAGGCAGCCAAAAGAGUUGCUAAAAAUGUAAA